UAAAGCUAUCCUUGAAGAAAAACCACAUGAAGGUGACAACAGAAGCUAAAAAAUUAAACCGCAGUUCCGAUGUCAUCAUUUUAGACGAGUCUUUUGAGAAAUUAAGAGCAGACUUUCCAAAACCUUUAACCACCAGUCCCAAGAUCUACUCUCCAAUAUUAAUAAGUGACUCAAGUGAGUUCUCUCAUGAUGAACUACCUGAGAUUGUACUGAAUAAGGAUUAUAGCUUUACUAAGAAUGACAAGGAACCCAGUAAGAAAGGCAAUGUAUCAUUCAACCACUCACAACAAGAAACUUCAUUUGACGCAAAAGAAUCCCAACCAAGCAUAGGCGGAUGGUCACCAGCACAAAGCAUCAUAUGCGCUACACCAAGAUACCAAACUGUACCAUCCACACCUUCAGACGAAGCCAAUGAAUCCUUAGAACAAUGUUCUUUGAAGAAAAUCCAACAAUCUCAGAAAAAACUUUUAGAUGGGUUAUACGGAGAUGCCUGGAAAUCGUCACUAUUAAAAAGCAUAUCUGAUAGAUUUAACGACAUAAAUGGUAUUACAAAGAAACUGGACUUUGACAAUGAUAGCGACACAGAAUCUAUGAACAUACAAAAUGACUUAAAAACAAAUAAACAUCUAUAUUUGACGAGUUCUGAUAUAAAACAAAAGACACAAGACCUAAAUAAUACAGAAAAGAAAUCUAAAAAGAAAUUAUAUACUGAAAAGGUACCCUAUACACCAGACAUACCAAAACCAAAGUUAAAAACAAACAGAACAGCAAAUACAACUAGUAAAAAGAAAAAAGGCAUGACCGUCACUGAACUGGUAGAAACUUUAAAGACUGACGUAGAUAACUUGACGAAGAAAGUUAAUAAAGUAACAAUUUCUUCUCAUAUUGAACAUGUUAAGAGACUUAGUUUUAUGGCUUCUUUGGCAGACAACGUCCCACCCUGGCGUUGUCACAUCGAAGCGAUACAGUACCGGGACGACUUCAAGGCGUUGCGUGAGCAACUCACGCGCAGACUGUACGUGGAGUUCAACAAACAUGUGUUCGACGAUGCACUCGACGCUGACAUGAGCAUUGCUUGGGAUACCAAACUUAGGAGUACCGCGGGAAUGACAAUAAAUCGCCUUAUAAAAACGGCAAACAACGGCCGCAUACGCACGUCGAGCAUAAAGCUAUCAACGAAAGUACUGGACCGACCGCAGCGCCUGCGCAACACUUUGAUCCACGAGCUGUGUCACGCCGCCACGUGGUUGAUAGACGGCGAGCUUAAGGCUAGACACGGACCGUUGUGGAAGAAAUGGGCGAAACAAGCUUUAAUGGUGUUUCCAGAGCUAGAAGAUAUACCUCGUUGUCAUACAAUGGAUAUACACUUCAAGUACACAUACAAAUGUACCAAAUGCGGGUACAGUAUCCAACGCCACUCAAAAUCAAUAGACAUCACGAAGAAAGCAUGCGGCUAUUGCCGUGGCACAUUCGAAAUCAUAAUCAAUAAGAAAAACAAGGAUGGACUUAUUGUCUCAACGCCUGCUAGAAAGGGAGAAAUGAAUGACUUCGCUAAAUAUGUAAAAGAGAACUAUAGUACUACGAAGGUUGCUACCAAAACGCAUGCACAGGUUAUGAAAUUAUUAGGUGAACAGUUUUCUGCUAAGAAAAAUAAGAAUAGUAAGGUUAUCGUUAAUGAUGAGGCUUUUUAAUUGAAAUACGAGCAUUAUUGAUAACUAGGGCUCGGGAACUUCUAUAAUGGAGGCUAUCAGCGCAAUAGUGGUGUAACCCACGUUCAAUUUUUGUCAACAAUAUUACUUUUAAUGAUAUUAAGUACAUAAUAACUUUAUAUUUGGAAGUAUCCAAAAUGUAAUUUUCAUGCAUU